AUGUCCAACCCUCUCCUACUCAUCUUGAACAGGGAGACAUGGUUAAAGGUGGCGGAACACGACGGUGGACAUUGGGACGGGAAACACAUGGAGGCCGCGGCUGUCGUAUCAGGUCUAGAAAGCUUCAGGCUCGUGAAGGCGACGAAAGAGGGGGAACUCGUUCCGUGUUACGGCGGGAACGACCUGCAGCCACAUUUCCCGAUGGCGAUAUGGCACCCAUGUGGGCACUUCGAAGCCGUGUUCAAGGUUGAACCCCAGCCGGCAGCCAAAGAGUCCGUUGCAGCGAAGGAGCCCACCGCAGCCAAGGAGCCCGGCGUAGCGAAGGAGCCCACCGCCCCAGGGGAGGCCGCUGCCCUCGAGGAGCCCGUCGCAGCAACGGAGUCCGCCGCACCCAAGAAGCCUGUCGCGGGGAAAAAGCCCGCCGCCCCGGAGGGACCCGCCGCCCCCGAGGAGCCCACUGCAGCGAAGGAGCCCACCGUCCCGGAGGAGGCCACCGCCCCCGAGGAGCCCGCUGCAGACAAGGAGCCUGUCGCAGUGAAGGAGCCCGCCGAACCCAACGAGUCCGCAGAAGCGAAGGAGCCCACUGCAGCGACGGAUCCUGGCGUGAUCAACAAGCCCGCCGCCCACGAUGACUCUGUCGCAACCAGGGACCCCGCCGCCGCAGCCGAGGAGCCCGUCAUCAUCAAGCAGCCUUCCACCGCAGACAAGAAGACCGCCGCAGUCAAGCAGGGUGGAGACGGCUGGGUUCUUGUGGGCAAGAAUGGGCGCCCGACGACCGCGGGUGGUGGUGGUGGCUUAGGCAUGGAUGAGCGCGCCGAGAGGAGCAGCGUCAUCAACAAGGGCUCGAGCCUUUCGGCCAAGUUUGAUACGGGCAAUACGUACACCUUGCUGGAUUGUAAAGAGGAUGCGGGGGACGCGGAGGAAGGAAAGCACGUAGUUGAGGAGACGGUUGAGGCAACGGAGAAGGAGGAUGGUGCGCAUACGGGGUCGGGAAUGGGGAAUGGGGCGAAGGCGGAGGAGACAGGAAGGGAGCGCCGUACUGCUUGGCAUGGGGUUCUUCGCAGAGGGGUCGAGAUGUUUCGCUCAGCGGCUUUGGCGGUCGUCGGCGGAGUUCGUGGCGUGAUCGGCCGCAUCGCGGCUUCUCCGUUUCGCUGCGUAGAAACGGUGGUCAAGACGUGCCCGGUGAGACAAAUGAGGCAAAUGGUUUCCUUUGUAUUCGCGUUUGAAACCAGAGUAUUUCUCCUGUACAUCACAUGA